AGGAGCGGAGCUGGCGCUGGCGCGUCCUGGCAUGUGAUCCCUCUUCAGAUUGAUCAGUCACCUCGGCGCUGCAGCCUCUCACUGAACUUUCCAUGCUGUUGACAGUCCAAUGGACAGCACUUAGGAGGUUCGCCCGGACCGUAAAACCCGCUCCCGCUCAUCAGUGCGCUGCGCUCCGCCUCUCCACCGUUGGCUCUCCAGGUUCAGAGGGACUCACGCGGGUCGGGGUUUUGGCACCGACUCUCCCGUACACAUGGAGGGAGACGUUAUAGACAAAGUGGAGGCCACGGCGACGGUCCGCGAUUUCGAUCCCAUUAGUGGGAGCAUCCCGGCCACUAAAGUGGAGAUCACCGUAUCAUGCAGGAACCUCUUGGACCGAGACACUUUUACCAAAUCUGACCCAAUGGUUGUGUUGUACACCCAGGGCGUGGAGUCCAAGCAGUGGAGAGAGUUUGGCAGAACAGAGGUAAUCGACAACACACUCAACCCGGACUUUGUCAGGAAAUUCAUCCUGGACUACUUCUUUGAGGAGAAGCAGAACCUGCGCUUCGAUGUGUACGAUAUUGACUCUAAAAGUCCAGAUCUGACAAAGCACCCGCCCGACUUUAACGACUUCCUGGGCCAGGUCCACUGUACGCUGGGAGAGAUCGUGGGCUCACCUGCCAGUCGCCUGGAGAAACCUUUGGGUGGCAUACCUGGGAAGAAAUGUGGGACCAUUAUCUUGUCAGCUGAGGAGUUGGGCAACUGCAGGGAUUACUCCACCAUGCAAUUCUGUGCCAACAAACUGGAUAAAAAGGACUUCUUUGGAAAGUCAGAUCCCUUCAUGGUCUUCUACAGAAGCAAUGAGGAUGGCACGUUCACCAUCUGCCACAAGACUGAGGUGGUGAAGAACACAUUGAAUCCUGUGUGGCAACCUUUCUCCAUCCCUGUCAGAGGUCUCUGCAACGGAGACUAUGACAGGACAAUCAAAGUGGAAGUGUAUGACUGGGACAGGGAUGGAAGCCAUGAUUUCAUUGGUGAAUUCACCACCAGCUACAAAGACUUGUGUCGGGGUCAGAAUCAGUUAAACAUCUAUGAGGUGAUGAAUCCCAAGAAGAAAAUAAAGAAAAAGAGAUACGUCAACUCUGGGACAGUUUCCCUGUUGUCAUUCAACGUGGAGUCAGAGCACACCUUCCUGGAUUACAUCAAAGGAGGGACUCAGAUUCACUUCACAGUGGCCAUUGAUUUUACUGCAUCCAAUGGAAAUCCGUCCCAGUCCACUUCACUCCACUACAUGAACCCAUACCAGAUGAAUGCCUAUGCCAUGGCCCUGAAGGCCGUAGGAGAGAUCAUCCAGGACUAUGACAGUGAUAAGAUGUUCCCUGCACUGGGCUUCGGUGCUAAGCUGCCUCCUGAUGGCAGGGUCUCCCACGAGUUCCCUCUGAACGGCAACAUAGAGAACCCGUACUGUAACGGCAUGGAAGGGAUUCUUGAAGCGUACCAUCAAAGCCUUAAGACGGUUCAGCUGUAUGGACCCACCAACUUUGCACCUGUUGUGAAUCAUGUGGCAAGAUAUGCUGCAGCGGUUCAAGAUGGAUCUCAAUAUUUUGUCCUGCUCAUAAUCACUGAUGGUGUCAUAUCAGAUAUGGCUCAGACCAAGGAAGCCAUAGUGAACGCAGCCAAACUUCCCAUGUCUAUCAUCAUUGUUGGAGUUGGUCAAGCUGAGUUUGAUGCCAUGGUGGAGCUUGAUGGUGAUGACAUCAGGAUCUCCUCAAGAGGGAAGUUGGCAGAAAGAGACAUUGUACAGUUCGUACCGUUCAGAGACUACAUGGACCGCACAGGGAACCAUGUACUGAGCAUGGCGAGGCUGGCAAAAGACGUUCUAGCUGAGAUCCCUGACCAGCUCAUCUCCUACAUGAAGAGCAGAGGUAUUAAACCCAACCCUGUCCCACCACCUUACUCACCUGUUGACCACUCCCCAACCAACCCUGUCUGAGUCCCACGCUCCACUCUGGGUCGGUGUGGGACACGGUCGGGGUUGGUUGGUUGAUUGAUUGAUUGUUUGAGUGAUUGAUUGAUUGAUUGAUUGGAAACUGCUUCCCUCCCUUGAGGGAGAAUUGGAAUCAUGUUCGAGGCCCUUUCAUGAAUAUUUUUAAGGCUAGAUAAAAUGAAGAUAAGACUCCAUUUUGUUUUGGAGCAUUGAGACUGUUCUAGGGGAACCUGCUGAUGAUGAGAGAGGGUUGUUUUUCUCUGACAGUUGAGAGGAGACCGAUAAUGACGGAGGUUUUAGUCGUUUGCUGUCAAACCUGUCAAAGUGGUGAUGUAAUGGAUAGUAAACCUGACUGAAGGCAUACAUAUAUUAGGAUGUGCCAGUGUGUAUCAUGUUUGUGAUACCGUUUGGAGUUGAUGUGUGUUAAACUAGGAGAUAAUGUGUGUAUUUAUUCAUUGCAGAAAUAAUGUAUUCCUUUAAAGAGGUUUAAAAGCGUGGGGGAUUAAAGUAAUAUUUCCCCUGUAGUUUUCCAUCUUAUAUUUUGUGACCAGUGUAAUUAAGAAAAAUAAACAUUUCUACUUUGAUAAGGACUGUAAUAUAAAAGCAUGUGAUAAUAACCUAUUCUGCAGUUUAGGAAACAUUUUCUCUGAUGGGUAAUUUUUGAUUGCCAGCUGUAAUGUAGAAGACCUGCUGUGAGCUGUUUCCAUACUAAUUUACAAGCGCCAUGUCUUGUAUGUAUUUGUAAUAUUUAUAUCAGAAUGCACUAAUUAUUGUCCAAAUAAAAAGCACAACAGUUACAAUGUGAAUAAGCUGAAAAGUGACAGAAAAACUACCACAAUGAAAAUAAUGGAAAGGAUCCCACAUCCUAUUUUUUCAAAGUAGCUUGAACAUUGUCUUCCGACAUUAUUUUACCCAGAUUACGAUGGGUAUAUAUACAAUGGCGGUAUAUUUAGACAUAUUCUAUCAUACUAAUGUAUCAUAAUGCAUUCAUAAGAGAAAUCUGUAUGUUUACAGAGAAAGAUUAACUAUUCAAAGCACACACACACACCGUCCUUGUUAGUAUGCACCCAUGCUGCCAAAUCUCAUUUGUUAUCUUGCUGUUUGAGUUUCUUUCCAUUAUGUUUGUUGUGGUUGCAGUUUAUCAACUGGGAUAUUGGUUUUAAAGGACCCUAUAAAUAGUCUUUUGAAAGACUGAUGUCAGCAAACACCUUCCACUUUUCUGCUUGGUAAAUUGAUUUGUUUUCCGAGAAAGAAAACCAAACAAUCAUAAAACCUGCAGAAAAGUAUGAGAUAUUUGGGAUUUGUAUGUUUUUCUUCAUCAAGAAAUAUUAAGUGAGUGAUUGCACAAAACAAGAAAGGUAUGAGUUCAUCUUUUCAGUCUAAGUUUCUUGCUUCCGCACUGUGUACUUGCUUUUUCAAAUGACAUUGAUUCCAUAGAACAUCAUGUUACACAAAUGCACAUAGGCCUAUUGUAUUUAAAAAACAAAACAAAAACAAUGUCGCAAUUUAACGGCUAUAUUCACUGCAUUUGUUUUUACUCUUUAUACAGUUAUAGCCAUCUGUUGUGUCUAUUCUGUUAUCUAUAUUUACAAUGGCCAUUCCUUUCACUAGUAUCUGUCAUUCUCACGAUAUCUCAAUCCAAAUGUGCCUAUUAUAUGGAAACAUAUCCAAAUUCAGUUACCCAGGUGUUGUUCUGCCAGCAGCAGCAGGUCUCAUGUUUAAGAUGUACACGCAGAAAAAUGUCGGAGCUUAUGAAACUGUUGCAAGAUUAGGACUAUUACUAUUACAGCCUCAGUGACUGAUAUGCACUGUCUCGACCAGUGUUGUGUGCUUUUUAUACUUACAGCUCUUCACUAAUAAUCAAAAUGAUGGUAAUGAACAAUGUCGCCGAGCCUUGUUCGAUAUUCAAAGUCAAGACUUGUUUACAGUUCAUCUGGAAAACGUAAACAUGAGAAAAAUGAGUUGAUUUUUUUGAUUUGUUGCGUUAUUCAGUUUCCUUGAAUGACACCGGAGAACUAACUACAACAGAGAUCUGUGUUGUUGUCUGAGAAAGUGAAGCUCUCACAUAUUUUAGUCAUCGUGGUUCUUUAUGUUCAUGUAAUUCAUGUUGCUUUAUGAUCUCUGUAAGCCAUCUAAUGUCCUCUGACUCCCACUGUUUUGGUGAUGUUUAAGAGUAGAGUUGGGUGAAGUAGCAAGAACUCAAUCUGGAGGCAGUGAAUUUCUCUCUCAUGGGCCCAGAUCCACAUUUCUUUUUUUUAUUUCUUGAUCUUUUUUAAUUUUUCAUCAGUGAUUAUUUUAUUCCCUCAGAAGACAAAGCAGCAUUUAAUCUCCUGCCAAAUGAGGCCAUUAAGUUUAGUGAUACAACACACACAAAUACCAGUAUACCUCUACAGAAAGCCAUUCAAGCCAAAAAGAAACCAUGAAUAUACACUGAAUACAUUUCUCUUUAAAUCUAUUUAAAUAUGUAUUAUGUUAAAUUAUAAAUAUAUGAUAUAUAUUUAUUAACUUUCCUUGGAAGUGAUCUCUCUAGAAUCUACUUUUCAAUGCACGCUUUAUUGUUUAUUUUAUUUAUUUGAACUCAAAAAUAAUGAUACGGUUUUCGUUACUCAGAACAUUGGCAGGCACAAUGUCAAGUUAAGUCAGUGCCAGCAUGCAGCUCUUAUACUAAUGUUGCAUUAUAAUCCUCGUUCUAGACACAGUUAUCCUCAAAAUCUGCUCUGUACCUUUAGCUAAUAAAUGAAUAAAUAUGGAAUGAGCACAGUGAUGACACUUAUGCAACUGUGAAACAUCAAAUUAUCAUGACACAUUUUCUGAGUCUAAAAGAAGUCUUUCCAACAAUAACAUGACUUAUUUUCUCUUGGUGGAAAUGGGAUUGAUUAUCCCUUCAUUUUGAAUUUUCCAUGAGGCUGAACUCUAAUUAUGUACAUAAGCCCCAUAUAAAGACUCUUCAGUGCCAAAUGUGUUUAGAUGAACUUGGCCUCUAUAGACAAUGUGCAUGUUUGUGCCAAAACGGCAGGAAGUCUCGUAGUCAGCCUUCAUUUCACCUGAUUAGUGCAUCUGCCAUGUGCUUUGUUUGUUUCCUUCGAUGUUAUUGAGAGAAAACAGCCACUUUGAGCAUGUUGUAUCUCUGGGUUCUUUCCAUUCUGUUCCUAUGAGACACAAACUGUAUUGGUUUUUCUUGCCACUAAUCCUGUUUUAUCCCAGGUUGUUUACAUACCUCUCUUGGUCUCUGACUUGCAUGCUGAAUAAUUUCCAAACCAGGUGUUGGACAUGAUAUUGUCGUCAUACUGUGGUUUGUGAAAUGCUUUGUAAUGGAUUGCCUUAACUGAAGAUUAAUAAAAUACUGAAAACUUUGGCAGAA